AUGCAAAGUUCAUCGAGUUCAAGGAAAAGCAAAAUUAUGGCCCUUGCAAAGAAAAUAAAAUCGGAGCGUUAUGCACCAGAUCAAGUACGAAACUCGGAAGUCUCAGAAAGAUUUUUUUUAUCAGAGGAAAAUGCAGCACUUGUUUCUUAUGAUAAUGCAAACUACGUUAUAGCUACGGAUAACGAUAAUAAUAAGCUUGAUACAUCAUUAUUACGGGUUGACCUUUUACCAAAACGGAAAGACGAAUUCCAAAUCUCAGACUUCGUAAGCAAUAAUGAUGAUGAUUUAAUAAAAAAUCCAAACUAUGAAUCAAAUUUUGGUAGCUCUAGUUCGUUUUCCUCUUUUACAUUAAAUGAUAGUUCUAGCUCAAGUAGUUAUUAUAGUCCAGGUUGCAAUAGUUUCUUAGGAUGGUGGUUUGUAGUGUUCACCGUGACACUAGUUGCUUGUAUAAUCUCCAUUAGAGAAGUUUAUAAGAAAUGGUUAAGGGCUCCUGUAAUCGUAAGUUUUGCUACAAAAGAAACUCCAAUUUACUCCAUACCGUUUCCCGCAGUGACCAUUUGUCCAGAAACAAAAUCAACCCAAGCACUUUAUAGUCAUAUGGGAAUCGUUAAGAAGUUUCUUAACAAACAAAAUCUUACUGAAAGAGAGUAA